AUGCUUUUGGCUGCGGCCGCCGAGCGGAACAAGGAACCAAUUUUGCGCGUUCUGCGGCAGUAUUUGGACCCGGCUCAGCACGGCGUUCGCGUGCUAGAAGUGGCCUCGGGCUCCGGCCAGCAUGCGGCCCACUUCGCGCGGGCCUUCCCCCUUGCAGAGUGGCAGCCGUCUGACGUGGACCAGCGCUGCUUGGACAGCAUCUCGGCCACCAUUCAAGCCCAGGGAUUGUCCAACGUGAAGGCUCCGCUGUACCUGGACGCGACCUGGGGUUGGGAGAAAUGGGGCGGGAUCCUGCCGCAGUCGCUGGACCUGCUGCUCUGCAUCAACAUGGCCCAUAUCAGCCCCCUGAACUGCACCGAGGGCCUCUUCAGAGCAGCAGGACACCUGCUCAAACCCAAGGCGCUGCUCAUCACCUAUGGGCCCUACGCUGUCAAUGGGAAGAUCUCUCCCCAGAGUAAUGUGGACUUCGACCUGUCGCUCAGAUGCAGGAACCCAGAGUGGGGGCUGCGGGACACGGCCUUCUUGGAGGACCUGGGCCGGGCCAACGGCCUUCUCUUGGAGAAGAUGGUGGAUAUGCCAGCCAACAACAAAUGCCUGAUUUUCCGGAAAGAGUAA